UCUACAAAUGUCUACCACUUCAGCGAUGCUCAAAGAAGCUCGCUGCUGUGCAUUAUGUCGACCUUCCGCAUAAGAGGCCCUUCGCGAGCCAGAAGAGGCGGCAGCAACAGCACGAGAGGAAUCGCGCGAUCCCCGCGACUCAAAGGCCUGUUCGACAAGCUCUGGUACUGCGAUUGUACGCCUCGCCUGCCCGCAGAGCAAUUCACUGUCAAGAAGCAAGGCAAGAAUCACGGUCGAAGGUUCUAUACAUGUCAGCAAGAUCAGGACAAACGAUGUGGUUUCUUCAUGUGGAGCGAUGAGGCUCAGGCGAGAGAGGCGCAGUGUGUGCUCAGCAACAGUCGGAACGAAGGGCAUAGUGAUGUUCAGGAAGGGUGGAAUGCUGGGAGACCUCGCGUACAUUUUGCGCAGACUCCGACGCAGUCCGCCUCGACUGCUUCCAGUACGGGCGUGAAACGUAAUAUGCAGGAUGCUGGCUUCGAAGAAGAUGAAUACGACGAGGACUGGGAUCUGACAGGAGCAGAAGUAGAACAGCUAGCGAAAGCAGCUGAUGAGAGCGUACUCCAAACACCGAAGAAGCCACGAAUAGAUGGCACAUCAGCAGUUACUGGCGUGUAUGCAACGCCUACAAGCGAAGCCAAACGCUCACCUCGAAAGCUUCCCUGGUUACAAGACGACCCCGUUACGCCGAGAAGAGGAAUCUUCGAUUACUUCAAGACUCCCCAGAAACAAACGACGCUUCCAACUCCAGGAGAAACGCCAGCACAGCAGCAGCGAACAAAAGAGACAGCAAGAAACGAGCCUACCUCCCCUUCACCCGCCUCGCCUUCGCCUUCGCCGCAAAAGACCCAGCAUGAGAUUACAUUAACGGAAGAAGUCCUGCAAGAAAUAGGGUCGCUUCCGAUACCACCUGACAAACUCGCAACACUGAAGAGUAUUCUCAAAAAGCACGAAGCGCGAGCAGAAGGUUUCCGAAAAGGCAGAGAUAUUUCUCGAUCAGCCUUGAAGGCAAAAGAGAAAUUACUUCAAGCAGCUUCAGAGAAGAUCAAGAGUCUUGAGGCUGAGAGAAGACAGUCUGGGAGUAGGCAGACGUCUUCUGGGCGUCAACAAAUGAUGCAGGAGGAUGAAGAGGACGAAGAGACAGAUGAUGAGUUAUAGUCCGCCACACUCCCGUCCCUUGAGAUGGUGUGAUUCAUUCGAUUGCGUUUCGAGAAGCGAUGAUGCGUGCGUUUUUAUGAUACCCCUGUGAGUACGA